UUGUUCCUGGACCCACUAAGAGACCGAGACCCUGGACAUACUCAGUUACCCUUCAAGAUUCAGAUCCAACCACCACAACAAAACAAGAUGAACAUCUCCAAUGACUCCACUUUUGCUCCCUAUGACUAUUAUGACAAUUACCCUGGUUAUGAACCGUGUUCUUUCAGUGACAGCAACAGUUUGAACGUUGUGGUUGGUCCUUACAUUCACUCCAUCAUCUGCAUCCUGGGCUUGGUGGGGAACAGCCUGGUCAUCUUCACCUAUGCCCUCUACAAGAGAACCAAAUCCAUGACUGACGUCUACCUGCUCAAUGUGGCCAUCGCUGACCUGCUGUUCGUGCUGGCUCUACCUUUCAUCGUCUACAACGAGCUGUACUCUUGGCCGAUGGGGCAGGUGGCCUGUAAGCUGCUGCGUGGUUCCUACAGCGUCAACCUGUACAGCGGCAUGCUAAUGUUAGCGUGCAUCAGCACCGACCGCUACAUCGCCAUCGUCCAGGCUCGCCGGAGCUUUAGGUUACGUUCGGUGUCAAACAGCCGCAUUAUCUGUUUCCUGAUCUGGAUCUUUGCCUUACUGGUGUCUGUUCCCACUUUCCAUUUCCACCAUUGGUACGAACCAUCACAUAAUAACAUCACCUGGUUCAACAGCAACGAACAGGAAGAGACAACAGAUCCACAGUAUGUCUGUGAGUGGAAAUUUGAUGACAUUAACACUGCUAGCAUAGUGAAGGUUGCUGUUCCCAGCACCCAACUGGCCAUUGGCUUCUUCCUGCCGCUAUUCAUCAUGAUCUUCUGCUACACUUCAGUCAUCAUCACCCUGCAGAAAGCUAAAAACUACAAGCGACGCAAAGCGGUCCGAGUGGUGAUGGUGGUGGUGCUGGUCUUCAUCGUCUGCCACUUGCCUUACAACCUGGCCUUGUUCUAUAAGACAGUCAAUUUGUUCAAACAGAGCGAUUGUGACGAGGAGGACUCACUGCGUACGGCGAUGUCUGUGCUGCAGAUGGUCGCCUACCUGCACUGCUGCCUGAACCCGCUGCUGUACGCCUUCAUCGGAGUGAACUUCAGGAACCACUUCAGGAGGAUCUUCCAGAACUUGUGCGGUUUAGGUCAGAGGUACAUCGCCCCGCGCCGGAUCACCUCAGAUAUCUGCAUGACCACAGUUCACCAUUCAGUGGAUGGUUCUGCUGAAAACUGUUCAUCUUUAAUCAUGUGAAGAUGUUGAUCUCAGAAGAUCUGAUUGAGACAUUCAGGUUUUUAAUGUUGUGAUCUCUGUUUUUCUGUGUUUAUUUUGAGUUUCUUUGUCUUCUGAGUCUCCGUGUUGUCCUGUCCUCCCCUUGAUUGUUCCCAGGUGUGUCUCGUUCCCUGAUUUCCUCCUGUGUAUUUAAUGUCACCUGUGUCUUUGCUUCUCUGUCGGGUCCUUGUCAUAUGUGUGAACUGUCCGCACUGUGUCCAUUCGGUUCUCCAGUUGCCUGGCUGUUUGGACUCAAUUUGGAUUGUGCUUCGAACUGUUUUUCGAGUUGUUUUCACCAUUAAAUCAUCUUCAUUCAUUUUACCUGGGUCUGCUGAGUCUGCCUCACCACCUCAUCCACCACUUCAUGACAUUUUAAUAUUCAAACUGGACUUUUACCACCAGUAUGAUGAUUUCAAAAGAAAAAAAAACAUGACAAUAUCCAUAAGUUUUGUUAUGUUGAGCUGAUUGUUGCUCAUUCUCCAUAAGAAUACUGGCUACUGUUGACAAUACAGUACUGUGUAUUGUAUGAUUGUAUAAGACCGUCCAUUUGUUCAAACACAUCGAUUGUGACGAGGAGGACUCUCUGCACAUGGCGAUGUCUGUGCUGCAGACCGUCACCUAUAGGCAUAAUUAUGACUCUAGGUACAAGUACUUAAAAUUUUACUGAAAACCAGCUGAAAAAAAUGUUUUUUGUCUAAAAGAGUUGAGAAGUUGUUAGGGGGAAAGAAGAAUAGAUUUCCAGACAGACGACUCUGUAAAUGUUUACAUUCAGUUGAUCAGAUGGAAAAACCAACCUGACUUACAAAGUCUCUGUUAUGGAUACAUUUGGACAGGAUAUGAAGAAAUAAGAUGUUUUAUUUGAAAGAUGUUUUUCUGGGCUGACUAAAAUAACCGUAAGAUAUUUCUGAUGCCCAGUUGAAAAGAUUGUUACAUUGCAGUAAGAAGAUCCUGGUUUGAAUCCCAGCCUGGAGUUUUUCUGCGUGGAGUUUAUGUUCCAGCUACCUGAGUGUAUGGGUUGUGGGGGUGUGCAUAUGUGUGUGUGUGUGCAUUGGUACAUGCAUUUAGCAGGACAUUUUGUCAGAAUACACACAACACAAGAAGGACAUUUUGAAUUAACAGGACAGAAGAGGUGUCCUGCUAAUUUUGACAAAAAUCUA